GGGCAGCGCCCACCUGUAUUGAGGUCCUGCAGCGGUGGCAGUGUGAGGAGCUGUGAAAUUGGUUGUAACUGAAAAUGUCUGACGGUCUGGAUAAUGAAGAGAAACCCCCAGCUCCCCCACUGAGGAUGAAUAGUAACAACCGGGAUUCUUCAGCACUCAACCACAGCUCCAAACCACUUCCCAUGGCCCCUGAAGAGAAGAAUAAGAAAGCCAGGCUUCGCUCUAUCUUCCCAGGAGGAGGGGAUAAAACCAAUAAGAAGAAAGAGAAAGAGCGCCCAGAGAUCUCUCUUCCUUCAGACUUUGAGCACACGAUUCAUGUGGGGUUUGAUGCAGUCACCGGGGAAUUCACUAACUCCCCUUUCCAGACCUCUAGACCUGUGACGGUCGCUUCAAGUCAAUCAGAGGGAACAAUGCCAGAUCUCUAUGGCUCACAGAUGUGCCCAGGGAAGCUCCCAGAGGGAAUUCCUGAGCAAUGGGCACGAUUACUCCAAACCUCCAACAUAACAAAACUGGAACAGAAAAAGAACCCACAAGCUGUUCUAGAUGUUCUCAAAUUCUAUGAUUCCAAAGAAACAGUCAACAACCAGAAAUACAUGAGCUUUACAUCAGGAGAUAAAAGUGCACAUGGAUACAUAGCAGCCCACGCUUCGAGUACAAAGACAGCAUCUGAGCCUCCUUUGGCUCCUCCUGUGUCUGAAGAAGAAGAUGAGGAAGAGGAAGAAGAGGAAGAUGACAAUGAGCCCCCACCUGUUAUUGCACCAAGACCAGAACAUACAAAAUCAAUCUACACUCGUUCUGUGGUUGAAUCCAUUGCUUCACCAGCAGCACCAAAUAAAGAGGUCACACCACCUUCUGCUGAGAAUGCCAAUGCCAGUACUUUGUAUAGGAACACAGAUCGGCAAAGGAAAAAAUCCAAGAUGACAGAUGAGGAGAUCUUAGAGAAGCUAAGAAGCAUUGUGAGUGUUGGGGACCCAAAGAAAAAAUACACAAGAUUUGAAAAAAUUGGUCAAGGGGCAUCAGGUACUGUUUAUACAGCGCUAGACAUUGCAACAGGACAAGAGGUUGCCAUAAAGCAGAUGAACCUUCAACAGCAACCCAAAAAAGAAUUAAUUAUUAAUGAAAUUCUGGUCAUGAGGGAAAAUAAGAACCCCAAUAUUGUUAAUUAUUUAGAUAGCUACUUAGUGGGUGAUGAACUAUGGGUGGUUAUGGAAUACUUGGCUGGUGGUUCUUUGACUGAUGUGGUCACGGAGACCUGUAUGGAUGAAGGACAGAUAGCAGCUGUCUGCAGAGAGUGUCUCCAAGCUUUGGAUUUCUUGCACUCAAACCAAGUGAUCCAUAGAGACAUAAAGAGUGACAACAUUCUCCUUGGGAUGGACGGCUCUGUUAAAUUGACUGAUUUUGGGUUCUGUGCCCAGAUCACUCCUGAGCAAAGUAAACGAAGUACUAUGGUGGGAACUCCCUACUGGAUGGCACCUGAGGUGGUGACUCGAAAAGCUUAUGGUCCGAAAGUUGAUAUCUGGUCUCUGGGAAUUAUGGCAAUUGAAAUGGUGGAAGGUGAACCCCCUUACCUUAAUGAAAAUCCACUCAGGGCAUUAUAUCUGAUAGCCACUAAUGGAACCCCAGAGCUCCAGAAUCCCGAGAGACUGUCAGCUGUAUUCCGUGACUUUUUAAAUCGCUGUCUUGAGAUGGAUGUGGAUAGGCGAGGAUCUGCCAAGGAGCUUUUGCAGCAUCCAUUUUUAAAAUUAGCCAAGCCUCUCUCCAGCCUGACUCCUCUGAUUAUUGCUGCAAAGGAAGCGAUUAAGAACAGCAGCCGCUAG